UGCGGCAGAUCGACGGGGUGGGGGCUGGUCAAAAACUGUUGUAGCGGUGCUUCAAUGGGAAGGCGUGCAGAUACAUAGGGUUGGGUAUCGCCGAAGUUUUGUUUCAGGUCUUCACUUGAGGUUCUUCUACAGUCUUCUCUUUCUGUUUCGCGUCAAAACAAAGGCUCCGAUUAGCUCUGCAGAGGCGACGAUAGGACGAUAGGAGAGUGACAUCAUUGGGUUGUUGCUGAACCACAAUUUCCAAGACAUUCGCUCGCCCCGCGGGCCCGCUUGUACCGCUGCGGCCUGACUUGGCAUCAUGAGCCGCAACGCUCAGAACCUCCGCUUGCCAACUAAUGACAGCUUCCCACCUUUUUCCAACGUUCAACGGCCCGCAUCAAGUUCCUCUACCGCCUCAGUGUCGAGUGCAGAGGAGAGGCUGCAAUGGCGCAGUCACCCGAAUGUCGCGACGCCGUUUGCGGAUCCGUCAUUUCAGAACCCGUUCGAUGACCCCAACCUCGCAUUGGCAUCGCCCCUGAGCCGCGAUGAACCUGAAGGCCUUGCAAACGAUGUUCAGAAGCAGAUUCAGCGGGAAGAGGAGGAAGAGGAGUACCAUGGGGACGCCAAUGAGAGGACCGACACGACUUCCACAGAGAAGACCGAUGAUUCCGUUCGCCAGAACCCGAGGGCAUUGACGGCUGUCACUAGCAGGAGCACAAAACACAGCGCUCGUGGAGCAGACGUGCCGGAGGAUAGGAAGACGCUCAGCUUCAAGGAGCGCAUACGGCAUUUCACCUGGACCUGGUUCUGCCUUACCAUGGCUACCGGAGGCAUUGCUAACGUUCUGUACACCGUGCCUUUCCGCUUCCACGGCCUCUACGCGCUCGGUUGUAUCUUCUUCAUCUUCAACAUAGUCCUGUUUCUGUUCAAUGUCGCGAUGAUCUCUUGCCGAUUCUACUUCUACCCACGAACGUUCAAGGCUUCGUUUUUACAUCCUACCGAAUCGCUCUUCAUCCCUGCGGCCAUGGUCAGCUUUGGUAUCAUCUUGAUCAAUGUCAGUCAAUAUGGAGUUGACAUGGCUGGGGUGGGAGAGUGGUUGGAGCGAUGCAUGAUUGUGUUGUUUUGGAUGGACUGCGGCCUUGCUGUUUGCUUCUCUAUUGGCAUCUACCUGCUCAUGUGGUCAACCACAACUUUCACCAUCUCUCAGAUGACGCCCAUUUGGAUCUUCCCAGCAUAUCCUUUGCUCAUCAUCGGACCUCAUGCCGGUAACCUCGCACCCAAGGUUGAGGAUCCAACAAUAUCACUCACCAUCAUCUUGACCGGAUAUGUCAUCCAAGGCAUCGGCUUCCUUGUGUCGCUCAUGAUUUACGCUGCCUUCAUUUACCGUCUGAUGACACAGAAGCUUCCUAAAGAAUCCCUCCGCCCGGGUAUGUUCAUCAGUGUCGGUCCUUCUGGAUUCACCAUCGCCGGAGUUGUCAUGAUGGGCCAAGAGCUUCCAAAGACCGUACCCAGCGACUUCAUGGGCGAGGGCAAUGGCGAGCUCGCUGGCAAAGUCGGCAUGAUAUGUGCAAAUUACAUGGGCCUCUGGCUCUGGGGUCUAGCACUAUGGUUCUUCUUCGUAAGUGUCGGCGCGCAUUACUCAUGUGCCAGGCGCGGAAAGAUGGACUUCGCCAUGACAUGGUACUCCUUCAUCUUCCCUAACACCGCACUCACGACAUCCACCUUCGCCAUCGCUCGCGCCCUCAACGGCAACAAGCCCAUCGAAUACAUCGGCUGUGCAAUGACUAUCGCACUCAUUGCCAUGUGGUUCUUCGUCAUCUACAUGAACGUUCGCGCUGUCGUCAUCCGUCAAAUACUGUGGCCAGAGAAGCAAGAGGAUAGGACCGAAGGUGGGUGGAAACAACAAAGUGCGGAAGAACAGCAGAGGAGGCAGAGGGAAAGGGAGUUGGCUGAUGGUGGAGAGAGUAUGAGGGGUAGGGCAUGGAGUCGCGCGAGGACAUUUACCAGGCGUGAGGGUCAGGGGACAGGUAUGCCUACGUUGGAGAGGUCUCAAACUGAUGCUGGUGCGCGCAAGAGAGGAUGGAGUUUUAGGAGGUAGGAAAAAUGAGUUGCGCGUAUAAAGAAAAGAGGUUACUAGUAUUUGUGUAGAUUCAGUCGAUACCCCUUAGAGCGAUGUUUUGAUUGAGCGUUAGAUUUAGCUUUUGCAAGAGCUACAUAUCGCGGUGAUAAUUCACCGUAUAUUACUGAAUCAAUUGCUUGCAUCCAUGCGUU